AGAAAAGCGCAGCACUGUGUUGCCUGCGCCAGCAGAGGCUGCGUCCCAGCUGACAGCCAGCUGGUGGCUUCUGACAGUUGAGAAAAGUUUUGUUUCUUCAGGGCACUGAUAUGGUAAUUAGCUCUCGGAGUGUGCGACCCUAUUGGCUCUUGGUCCUAGUCAAUUUUCCAUUUCCAGCCUGACGUCAGGCCGCUUCAGUGCUCUUAAACUCAUCUGCUCUGUGAUCCCACAAAUAAAAAAAACCCUCGUCCCAGCAGCUCGCAGCCUCUGCAGCGCCGCGCGCUCUGCACUCCAGUCCCCGACUCUCGAAGCGCUCCCCUCUCCGCGUGCGUAAUGUAUUCCCGAAGAAGCCGUAAAGUGCUAAAUGUUUGAAAUCCAAACCCGCCGUGUUUCACAUGCUGUAAAGGGACUCCGCUGCUCGCGUGCGCAGCACUGCUGCGUCUGUGCGCUAGACUCUGCAAAGACAAACUCUCUCGCGUCUGCAAGUCCGUGGCUGCAAGAGCGACGCUGAAAAGCUCGGCUUUUUUUCUUCUUCUUCCACUUUCAAGACGCUCAAAAAUCAAACUGGCUCACGUUCUUCCAAACCAGCCCAGUUUGACAGCUGCUCUUCACCCCAUUUGGAGGACUGUCGGCAGCAAGAGGAUGGCAUCAGAGCUGGCAAUGAGCAACUCCGACCUGCCCACCAGUCCCCUGGCCAUGGAAUAUGUUAAUGACUUCGAUCUGAUGAAGUUUGAAGUGAAAAAGGAGCCGGUGGAGCCCGAUCGCAACAUCAGCCAGUGCAGUCGCCUUAUCGCCGGGGGAUCCUUAUCUUCCACCCCGAUGAGCACGCCUUGCAGCUCGGUGCCCCCUUCUCCAAGCUUCUCGGCGCCCAGUCCGGGCUCUGGGAGCGAGCAGAAGACACACAUUGAGGAUUUCUACUGGAUGUCCGGUUACCAACAGCAGCUGAAUCCAGAGGCGCUGGGCUUCAGCCCCGAAGACGCGGUCGAGGCGCUGAUCAGCAGCAGCCACCAGCUCCAGUCCUUCGAUGGCUACGCCAGGGGCCAGCAGUUCGCAGGCGCGGCCGGGGCAGGGGGCACCAUGGCCGGCGAGGAGAUGGGCUCCGCCGCGGCGGUGGUGUCAGCAGUCAUCGCUGCAGCAGCCGCUCAGAACGGAGCGCAGCACCACCACCACCACCAUCACCACCACAGCAGCCACCACCAAGCGCCCAGCGCCCAGUCCAACGGCUCCUCGGGGACGAAUCACCCACACAUGCGCCUGGAGGAGCGGUUCUCCGACGAGCAGCUGGUGACCAUGUCCGUGCGGGAGCUCAACCGGCAGCUACGAGGGGUCAGCAAGGAAGAGGUGAUCAGACUCAAGCAGAAGAGGAGGACCCUAAAGAACAGAGGCUACGCGCAGUCCUGCCGGUUCAAGCGCGUCCAGCAGCGGCACGUCCUGGAGGGAGAGAAGACGCAACUCCUGCAGCAGGUCGAGCACCUAAAGCAGGAGAUCUCCAGGCUGGUCCGGGAGAGGGACGCGUACAAAGAAAAGUAUGAGAAGCUCAUCAGCAACGGCUUCAGAGAAAAUGGAUCCAGCAGUGACAACAACCCUUCAUCUCCAGAGUUUUUCAUGUCCUCAAGAAAAUUUCUCCACCUGUGAUUUCCCUGAAACUCUGAGCCUUUGGAUCCUUGAGAUAAACCAACUGCAGAGAAGCCAUGGCAUCCGAGAGGCUGAGAAGUCACACUAAGACCCCAACAAAGCACAACAUUUGAGAAGAAGGACAACUCACAAGACCUGCUAGAAUCCCCCAUAAACCCCACAACAAAAUUCCCGAAAGCCUCUUAUUACUUCGGUUUCACUCCUUGGUAUUUUACCUCUGGCUUUUUUUUUACAAAAUACGAAAAAAGAAGAAAAAAAAUUAAGAGACUCAUUAUCAUGACAUCAUUGACAAUGCCUGAUAAUUACCGAGAAGACUAUUUUCUCUUUGGUGGAGGAUCCAUUAUGCAUGCUUCUGUAUAUAGAUCAUAAUUAAAUCCUAUUCUUAUUUCUAAUAUAGGAAACAUACAAAGUCACUGUCACCAAAUUCAUUAUUGUACUCACGGUUUGAUAUUCCAAAUCAUUAUCCUCCUUUAUCAGAGACAUUAUCAUUUCAAACAUAAUUUAUUUAGUCUUUGAAGUUAUUUGAACUGGUAAAAAUAACUACUUUUUAUUGUUCUUAUUCUCACUAAGUAACAGCCUAGUUUUCCUCUCCAGUAUCCUCGCUAGUACAUGUAAAUAGAAACGAAUAAGGAAAACAGCAUGGACCAGACUAUAGGGUAUAUUUAUCUCGUUAGACCACAAAUCUCAGUACGUAGAUCUUUCAGAAAAUCUUUUUGAAGUUUAAAAUACUUUUUUUUCCUGAUAGCUAAAGUCACAGUCUUGGACAUUCAUUGUUUUUUUUUCCGUAUUAUAGAAGACACCUAAAGCAUUAGGUGUAGGUCUUCAUAUUAUUUAACUGCCUCAAAGGAAACAUGAGACUUUUUAUUUUGUUUUUGCUUAUUGUAAGGCAGGAAAAUGGAGAGGAAUCCAGGAAAGCUAUGAUCCUGUUUAAGCACAUUUCUGAAUUAUUUUAAAACAUUCCAUGUAUGGUUUAAUGCUUCAAUUUCAGUUUUGACCAGCAUCUACAUCAAAUAUUUUCCACUGCAAUAACUUCCCCUCACCCUCUCAGUGAUACCUUUUUUCAAGAAAAAAGAAAAAGAAAAAAAGGUUAUUGUCAGUCUGGGAGGGACAGAACUUUUCUUGGGAUAUAAGUCUGCUCCACUACUGAGCCGACGUGACUGAAAACAAAAAAAAAAAAAGAAAAAACCUCAAUGACUGCAGUGCUGGCAGAAGAACUUUGACCUACGUCUUCCAAGAAUAAUGAACUGAACUGGUGAGCAAAGGAACGGACAAGCUCAAAGCUAUAACAUUAUCUCUGGUGAAGACACCAAAACAAGUGUGGAAAAAAAAGGGAAACGCUGCCUUGUUGAACACUUCACCUCCACAAUCGUGUUUCGUCUACCUCUUAGUGUGUGCUAAGGAAUCCACGUCGUACCAGUGACCCGCUUCAUUAACCAGUCUGCUUUUAAGAUAUAUGUCCUUACAAGACGACAGUUUAAAGUGGAGGAUGCACAUGUCAACCAUUCUUCCUGCAACAAAUACUUUUUGUGUUUCUGUUUUUGUAUAUAUGUACAGUAUGGCGAGUAUGCAUAAUCUCAUAUGCUAUACUCUGCAUGUUUACCUAUAGAAGGAACCUGGCUACUAUUCCUAGACAAGGAAGCACAGGGAAUCAUUCUGUUGACACCCUGAACCGAUGCACUCCCACUGUCAGCUUACUUUGUUUAUUGAAGAAGUGCAGGAGCAUGAUACAAACAGGUUAUUGUCUAGGUGCUACUGUGAUGCUUGUCUUUUGCCCUACAGCACUUUCAUCAAGGUGCAGACACCAUGAAGGGACACGCGCCUUCACUUUGACGUCAAAGUGAAGGCGUCCGCAGCAGGCAUGGGAUGAGUUAAAGAGAAAACAUAAGCUGGGGCUUUACAGUUAAGUGGCAGCACACAUAUUGGCAUGGGGCAUCCUGCCAGCAACUGUAAAUUCAUCCUCUGUCAAAAGGAUUUCCACAACUCAAUGAGAACCCACAGACAGAACAGAAAAGCAAGAUGAAGACAUAGAGAACUUUUUUUUUUUUUUUUUUUUUGGAGGUUGUUAUUUAUCUAAUUUUGUUUAAUGAACAAAGUUUGUACGGAUGUGUUUUAGUAGUCAACCACAAGAUGUUCUCUUUCCUGAUCUGCUUAGUGAGCUUGGUAACCUCUUGACCUCAAACUAUUAGACUAUCUAGCAUCUCUCUGGACUGUUAUGACCUCACAUCCUGUCUGAGGUUCAAUUUAUCUUAAUGAGCAAAGAUCCCAGCUCCACCAGAUGUUCAACCCUGUGGUUAAAUACCUGUUACCCUCUGAAUCCUUUUUUGCCCUCCCAUUGCACUGUUUUUGGACAUAAAAGGGUACUACCUCACCAGUGGGAAAAUAUUCUUUGUAUAUCAUACUAUUGUUGUUAUUUCAACAAUCUUAGCCUACAAACACCCUGAUAUGCUGACAGAAUGCAAAUGUGAAGCUUUUUGUGACACAAGAGGAACCUUGUUAAAACUAAUUUUGCACACUGGAUCACAUGAAGGUAUUUACGGUCAACAUGUUAACAAACUUCAAAUUAGGACUUAAGACUUAACGGUGAUUAGUCAAAGAAGAUUUAAAUUUUAAAAAGAUGAAUAUGACUCACAAAAAGGAGACAUUUAGUGUGAAAAAAAAUAAACAAAAUACAUCCGUAGUUUUCACUGAUGUCAAACAAAUUUGACUACACUGCUUUUGCACAACUGCGACAGUCAGAAAUUGACAUUUUCUUUCUGAAUCGUCGUUCUUGUGUUUGUUUUUUUAGCAGGGAUCCUAACUGGGAUUAGCAUGUGCACAAUCGCACACGCAUGGGAUGAAUUUGGUGUUUAUGCACAAAGUAAAACAUGGACGCACGUCCGAGUUUUCUAGCACACACAGUUACACACACACACGUAUACACCAUGCUAAUCUAAACAGCAAGGCUGUAUGUAAACAGAUCACCAUUAUAAUGGGAUUGUUUGGUGUGCAAACAAUAAGCUGUUAGCGUAAUCACAGGUCAAAGAUAUAUUACCCAGAGGGCCGGGCUGUAUGUAUAUUAACAUGAUGGAUAUGUGGGUAAGAGGAGGGGGUCAGGGAUAUGAGGGAUUCAGAGCCCUGCUGAUUCAGAUUUACCCCCUACCAGGCCCCGUCUCUGCCUUUCUCUCCUCCUCCUCCCUACUGGGGAUUCACUUAAUCAGCCUUCUAUGUUACCUCUGCGCUUUUUUUUCCUCCAUUUUCUCCAGUUUUCAAUCAUCUUCUUAAACUCAAAGUUGUGUCCAGUCUUGUUCCUGGUCCCCUCAUAUUUAUUCCUGUCAUUCCGUCCUGGACAGAUGUAAUCCGCUUCAGCAUUGCCACCAAACCAACGUAGUCAACAGGGUACCAGGAUAAAGUAGCUUCACAAUCUCGUUUUUGGAUUAACCAAAAAGAGGACAGAGUGAGGUUGAGUGAUGUGAGUUGCUUAACCCAUGUCUAGUAAAUAAACCAGAGCAGGAAAUGAUCAAGGAAGAAAGAACUGGUGGGAUCAUGUUAGAGAAAUCCGGUUAGAUUUCUAUUUACAUAAACAAAGUGAUGAACGGUUUUACGGCUGAUAAGGACAGAUCUGGACAUGGACAUGUUUAAGUGUUACGGUUGUUUAUCAGCAUUAGCUGCAGCAAACAUGGGCUCCGUCAGUCAGGAUAAACCUGGCAUAGCUUACUCUUUAAGCUUUGCGAGGCUUCUUAACUUAUUGCCACUUCAUUUGAUUAUCAUCUAGCUCCCCACCUCCACUGGUUAAUAAGUCUACGUCCUUACUACUAAAUACUCCCUUAGUUUCAUUACUGUCCACGUCAUGUGCCUGAAUCACUCAGGCCUAUUGGAGCAAAGACAAAGAGGAAUCGUAGGAGUAGCAUGUUGAUGAAAAAAAAGAGUUCUGACUGCUUUAGAUACAUUUGCUUGACUGCUUCCUGGUGAACAAAAAACAAUUAUCCAAACAACCCAACUCAUUUCAGCAUGCAGACAUGGCCAAGGCCAGGUUCUGCUGUUCAAUCUGAACUGGAAUCAGGGAAAGGGUAUCUGGGGUGACAAAAAUAUUGACAUAAUGGGACUUUUCUCUUAAGAGUUCACACAGAAUGACUCAUUGAGGAGAAGCUACCUUAAGCAGCAACAGUUUGCAGCUAUGUUGACUCUAAAGGUCAGAGAAGAAUGGCAGAUUUCCCAAAGUUUUGCAGCACAUUAUUUUUAAAUACAGAACAAAAAUUGAACACUAAAAGCAUACACUCUGCACCCUUUGUGUGUCCUAAAACUGGAAUCCGAGGCUAUGCUAGACACAGGCUCCAUAAAAUUAGACAACAGAAGAUAAUUAGAUACAUGUUUGGUAACUCUAUUUCAGCUACAAUGUUUCUGCAAGAAGGUUAUAAAGUAAAAUCAAGUGUGACUAAUGCUGUGAUUUUCAGUCUUGACCUGACUUAUUUUCUAAAGAGAAAACAAUGAAUGAGAGUACACUUGAGGAGGAAAAGGAAUGUCUAAAUUUGCAGAAACCCUUCCUAUAUCAUCAGUUAAAUAUGAAGUCUUGGCUCCACAGCCAUUUUUCUCUUCACAUGCAAGUACCCAGAAAGAAAAGCAUGGCCACUGCUUGUGAGCAUCAAUCUCUCUCACAGUAUCAUAAGUGGAAGUUAUCUCAAGCUGCACAUGACUUCAGUGGAAGGAGUGGGGUCAAAGAUGAAGAAGGCAAACUGAGGCUAUAGCAACUGCUAUGGUUUCAAAAUGUGAGGGAGCACAAGACAUUGUGUGUGAAUUGCUAUUUUACUCAGUAAAAUACGACUCAUUUGAGUUUUUGUAAUAAGAUAAAAAAAUUGAAAGACAUGUCUAAAGUGGUCUGAAGUAGAGAUAGGCUGGGGGGGUUCUUAUAACAAGCCUGCAGCAAAAACUAAGCAGACUAUCUUGUGUGACAGAGUUAAUGAUGGGGAUGAAUAAUAGAGCUUUUAAACCUGUACUUCCACCCCAUCCUGCCCUCUGCAUGAGCUAGGGCUUUAAGGUGGGCAGUCAGUCACCAUGCCUUUUGCUGAGAUGAAAUGGACUCCAAGGAAGAUUGGAGUUAGGAGCCAUGGUGGAGGGAAUCAGAUUAGCCAAAAUGCCUUAAUUGGAAGAAAUGCUUUGGCCUGACCUGAGUGUAAUACCACUGAUAAAUCCUGUAAACCAAAUAUUCAGCAGUCAUUAGGCAAGGCAGGAAAUCACACUGUAGGGAAAUCUCUCAAACCUCUUGCAUGUAGACAUAAGAAAUAGAGAAUCCUAUAAAUAUGUCAGCUGCUAAAGUAGAAAAAAUUGAAAUAAUAACUUGCGUUUGAGUCAAAAAAGGGGAAAACGUUAUUAGAAAUGCAGUUUAUCUAUGAUUCAGAUGGAAAGUUGUCUCUACACAAGGAUAACAAGAUCCCCCUUAUGUAUGUGUGGCACAACAGUUAAUGCAAAGUUUCUGUGGGACAACUGUGGGUCAGAGAUAUUAGAUUUCCCCUCUUUUCCAUUUGGGAUUUAUUUUGGAAGGACUUUAGGUUUUUGUUUUUUAUCCGUCUGAUCUUAAAAUGAGACAUAACAUUGGUCAAGUACUGCUUCUUUUGGAGGCCUGCUGUUCUCCCUGCUGUGAGCAAGGUGCAAUCCUUCAGGUUUUGAUAAGUGAAAAGUUUAGAAGUCCGCAAAGUUGUGAAUACUUCCCCCUCCUGCAGAGCAGAGGGGGAGACAACCAUAUGCUAUCAAAGUGUUCUUUAAAGCCCCCAGCUUAUGUGCACCAAUGUUAUUCAACAUCAUCAAAUAUACCUGGGGAAAAAAGGAAAUAGAAUUAUGCUGCCCAUUGCUCAAACACACAAAUGGAAAAUUAAAAGAAAACACAUUCUAAGAAAUGCAGCAGUGAGGCGACUCUGUUUUAAUUGUGGCUUCUCCUCCAUGACCUGAGACGGCUCAUUAAUUUGUUUUUACCUCUGCAAAAUACUGUGACUGGUGAACAAAUGAAAGUUUAUGAUUCCUAUCAGAACAAGCCCUUACCCUGUUACCAGAGGUUAAUUUGUGCUCACCCUUCAUUUCAAUUGUGCUCUGGUAAAUGUCCGCAUUAUUUCCCACAUGGGCCUGAAUGAGGGGUUUGAUUAUUCAAAAGAAGACCGUGGUUGCUUGUAUUAUUGUCAGAGGGGCUGUAUGCUGCCCAAAGGGCUUCUUGGGUCUUAUUGCUAUAGCGAUCAACCCCUUGCCACUUGGCCUAUUCUGACCCCAGUCAGAGAUAAGCUUUAUGGGAAGGGGCAUUAACAUGCUCCAGCAGUCACUUCUCUCCUUUAUCAAAGGCAGUUCUGUAAAAUUGAGUGUUUAUGGACCCUCAGUGAGGGUAUGGCGCUGCUGAUUGCCUUUAUUAGAGGUUGACCGUAAAUGAGAAGGAGGUGGACAAAGAACUUGUAGCAGUGGGGAGAAUAGAGGGGAGGAAAUGAAUGAAAUGGACGCCCCUCCUGCUAAAUGAGCAAUAUCUGUAAUGAGUGCAACAUCCCCAGAGCAGGCUAAAAGUGUCUAGGAUUCAGAACCGGUCUGUGGUUAAUAAAUAAAUAAAUCCAAGUAUAUCCAUGUCUUCCACACUUCCUUAAAAUAAAACAAGUCUUCCGUGAGCCGACAGGAAAAAGUUUGUAAAUAUAAUGCAAAACUGCAGAUACUCUGUUAGCAAUACCGCAAUAUUGUCAGUAACUUUAUUUAUUUAUUGAUUGUGUUCAUAUUAUGAUUUGUCCUUAUAAAAUAUUGUUGUUUUUGGUUUACUUUCA